AAAUGUUUUAUCAACCCGCACGGCAGUACGCAAAAAAGAUCAGAAGCGCCUCCAUUUGAGAAUUUUCUGCACUGAAAAAUACCACGAUCCGCUGCUUUUGAAAGUUUGGUUUUUGGAAAUUACAAAUGCAGAUCUUCAGAAGUACUGCGACAAUUUUCCUCGAGAUAUUUCCUUUCCAACAACCUGAAUGAAUUUCACUUUUCUCUACCCACAGGCCGCCGGUUCAAAUAGUUAUCUAGAGCUGUUCUCUUUUUCUUUACUUCAAAAUUUAUCCGCGAAACUCAUUCUCUUAUUGUUUUUCCUUAGCUGAAAGACAAAUAAUCGCUAGAAACAACGACAGCUCUCCUGUUUUUCUACAACGACCACAAACCCCUAAAAAUGGCGACCUCCACCCCGACCGUGAACUGGGCCCAGCGCCCGGGAUCAGUGUUCGUCACGAUUGACGUGAAGGACUGCAAGGAGCCGAAGAUCGACCUGCAGGAGAAGAAACUGUCCUUUUCCGGUGUUUAUCCAGUGCAAAAGUGUCGUACUCGUAGUGACUGAUUGCAGUUCUGCAUUACAAAUCUUUUUCCUACGGUCAAUGAGCAAUACAAAUUCCAUUUCUCAUGCUGAUGAAAUUUGUAAUGCAUAAUUAAUAUUACGAGUCCGAUGCUUUUGCAAUGCAUAGCGUUGACGGCGCAGGCAAGAGCUACGCAUUCGACCUGGAACUCUUCAAGGAAAUCGACGUCGCAGAAAGCAAGAUAAAUAGUACAGUUUUUUGCUGCCUUUUUUAUUUUUGUCAUGCGCACUUCCUAUGAGUAAGCCAUUUCGAAAUUUGUCAUGCUGACUGCGCAGAGAAAUCAAUUUUGUUAUGCGAGUUGCACAAUUUAAAUGAAUUAUCAACAACAGACCGACGCGUCAUUGAGCUCCUCCUUGCCAAGAAGGAAGAGGAGUCCUGGACAAGUCUUUCUACCACGAAGAAGCUAUGAAGAGCGCAAAAGUUUCGUAAACUCGUAGUACUGCAUUACCAAUUUUUUCACUAACGUAGAUCCGCAUUACAAGUAACAAAUAACUCCAUUUCUAAUGCUGAGGAAAUUUGUAAUGCAAGCUCUACUAGAAGUGCGACACUUUUGCAAUGCAUGAAAGCUCUCCUACGUGAAGAUCGAUUGGAACAAGUGGGUCGACUCUGACGAUGAGGGUGAGGACUUUGACACGGCCGGCAUGGAAGGCAUGGGCGGCGGUAUGGGUGGCGGUAUGGGCGGCAUGGGCGGCGGCAUGCCGGGAAUGCCAGGAAUGGGCGGCAUGGACUUCAGUACUAUAAUGAUUUUUUUUUGAUUAAUUUAAUUUGAGGAACAGCUUGUUUCUUGCAGGAGAACAUGGAUAUAGUAGUAUGUUUCGUUUUGCUUGUGAUCUUCGACCAUGAUAUCAGAGGACGCCACUACUGCUUUGUCUCGACAUGUUCUUUCGGCAUGCUAAAUAAACUCAAGUUUGUCAUGCAAAAACACUAUCAGGUAAGAUGAUGGGUGGUAUGGGCGGCGGCGGCAUGCCGGGAAUGGGCGGUGAUGGCGGAAUGGGCGGCAUGGACAUGGAAGCUCUCAUAUCGUGAGCAAAAACGUCCCCACCCGAGAGUCAAGAUGAGGAUCUCGCAACACAAGUCGAGAAGUUUUAGGAGCCAAGCAUGACAGGUUCGUCUCUGUAUUGUAGUGCAGUUUAGCAUAAGUACAGCCGCAACACAAAUCCAUCUACUCAACCUAUUUACAGCAUUACAAAGUCCAAAACACGAUGGGAAACGCCUCUUAUGCGGACGCGCAUUACAAAUCUUCCUGUGGCUGCAAAUCUGCAUGACAGCUACGGGGUGGGGACGUUUUUACUCAGGAUAUCUCAUGAAGCAGAUGGGAGGCAUGGGUGGCGGCGGUAUGCCGGGUAUGGGUGGCGAUGACGACGUAUCCAUGGCAAAUAUGUCUGGGUCUGGAAACUUGUGAUGCAAGUUCGUGAACAAUAAGUGCGCUGUAGUGCGCUGCCAAGCAUGACAAAUUUUUUCGUGCUUCUGUGAUGCGUCUUUCGCAUGAGAAAUUGCGCUUUUGCACGACAGGGAAGAGGACAUCUUGGUGGCCAUGCAAUACAGAGUGCAGAGUCUUGCCAGACUAGCAUGACAAAUCUCGCAAUCUUCGAGACCCAGACAUAUUCGCAUUUGAUACGACGACGACAGCGAUGACGAGGACUUGCCGGACCUGGAUGCCCCGGUUGGUGGUGAGGACGGUGAGGGAGCGGAAGAGCCCACUGGUAUAGUUUGUUGAUUUGUCAUGCUAAAAAUCUAUCACUUGCUGGUGCAGACAAAAGACCUUUAUUGUCCUUCGCUUAUAUGUUUUUCCGAAUGACAAAGUGAAGAAAUCCAAUUAUUGCGCAAACUUCUCAAAUCAGAGUCAAAGCCGGUCAUUGAAGUCGACACGCCGGCGGGUGAGGCUGUUGGAGCGUAAAUCGUGCAGUAUAAUGCAAAUCCUGCAUGACAAACAGAAGCGCAGGAAGAACAAUCGGCGACCCAGAAGAAUCUUCGAAAAUAAUGCACAACAUCUUCUGCAUCUGCAGUAACAUCUUUCGGGAUAAUUCAUUGCUUGAAAUGUAACGCUUGAAAUGUAACGCAUUCUUUCGGGAUAAUUCAUUGACAAGUCAACGUACAAAAACCCAUUAGUACAGCAAGACAACAGCAACCCUUAUUUUAUGUUUAUGCUAAAAGUACAAAACCUCUGAACAAAACCUUUGAAUUUAACUAUGCUAUCGAGCAAUGAUCACGCUGAUUUCUUUCUGAUGUAUCACGUAGUUAUAGACGAGCUAUGCUUUUCUGCAUACAAUGUCAUCGACAAAUUGCAAGAAAUUUUCAAAAAACGCGAGAAGCUAUUGCUUGGGUUAGUCAAAUGCAAUAUGCAAGAACACGAACGAUAAAGGAGUUUUUGACAAUCGAGUGGCAAAAGGAGCAGUGUAGCUUAGAAGGCUGCAAUUAUGAUAGUCUUUCCACAGGCAGCAUCACCGACAGAUGCUGUACACCCGCACGACAAACCAAGAAUUGUUGCCCCGAUUUUUUAGCAGCGUCUAACACGACGCUGCGAUCAUUACGAGACUUGGCCACCUUGGCACGCUGCGAAUCACAGUGUGGGGAUUGCUAGAACGAGG